AUGGCAUCCGUCGGAGACUCGGACGCCGCCUGCGGAGCAGGACCUAGCGCCGUCGGACGCCGCCUGCGGAGCAGGACCGAGCGCCGUCGGACGACGGCGGGGAUCAUGCGCGGCCUGAGCCAAACGCCCCCGUGCCAGGCCGCCCAGGAGCCGGACGUGUCUCUCUGGCGGCCUGCCGCCGGCGGAGGAGCUCACCGAGGGGACGACACGCUGGUGCCGGAGCUGCCAGCAGAGCCCCUCCUGGGCUCCCCAAGUCCGGAUGACAUGAGAUUCGCGAGCGAGGUGGGCCAGGUGCCAGUCCACUUGGGGCGAGUUGGACCCGAGGAACCAGAGAUGUUGCGGAUACCAGUUCGUGCCGACGACCGGGAGAUGCUGGCCCUGGUGGACACCGCAGCCAGCCAAUCCUUCGUCGCGGCUCACCUGGUCGCCGAGGAGGAGGUGGUACCGCGCCCGGAGCAGGUGCAGCUGGCCAUCAGGGACACAAAAACGACGGCGAGGGGCACAACCCAGGUAACACUGAAAAUUGUUGGUCAUGUCAGUCGCAUCGAGGCCUGGGUGGUCCCCGACCUGCGCGAGGGGCUGAUCUUGGGAGCACCAUGGCUGCACGAGGUCGACGCCGCUGUGAAGGUGCGGGCCGGACGGAUGCACUUCGGCACCCGCGGGCGCUGGACGGUGUACGGCAUCCACCAGAGCCCCCCUCCCCCUCCUCAGUCAGUCACCCGCCUGGAGGACCUCCGGCACAACGUCCCGGCAGAGUAUGCUGACGCCAUCAGUCGGGCCCUCGUGUCCCGACCUCAGGUAUUUGCGGCAGCGGACCGGUUAAGGCGCACGACGAUGACGGAGCACAGUAUCCCUAUGGUGCCGCACCGCCCGCCGUUUGAGAGGGUGCAUGGGUUCGGGCCCCGGGAGCGCGAGGCGAUCCAGUCCCAGGUGGACGAGAUGCUGCGCGACGGGGUCAUCGAGCCCAGCACCUCCCCAUAUAACUCGAGGGUGGUGCUGGCCACUAAGGACGGGAGUUUACGCUUUUGUGUAAACUUUAAGGCCGUCAACAGACUGACGAUCCCCUUCCCCCCCCCCCCGCAGAUAAACAUCACUGACGCCUUGGCCGGGCUGGGGGACACAAAAAUUUUCACGACGCUGGACCUGAAGUCGGGCUACUGGCAGGUGCCGGUAUGCCCCGCCGACCGUCCGAAGACGGCGUUCACUGCGCCAGACGGUCGGCGGUACCAGUUCUGUGCCAUGCUGUUCGGGCUCAUGGACGCCCCGGCCACGUUCCAGUCUAUGAUGGUGCGCGUCCUGGACGGGCUGGCCAGACACGGACUGACUUGUGCCCCGAACAAGUGUCACAUCGGGGCUGAGGAGAUCGUGUUCCUGGGGCACCAGGUGACGGCGGAGGGGUGCCGUCCGCGUCCUGCCCAGCUGGAACUCAUCGAGGAGAAGCAGGCGCCGAAGACCAGGAAGCAGCUCCAAAAGCUUAUGGGACUGCUGAACUGGCUGCGGUCUUUUGUGCCAGACUUCGCGACGAUCACGGCCCCGAUGACUGACCUGUUGUCGCCGAAGGCCAAGUUCCGGUGGACGCCCGCCGCGGACAAGGCCCUGCGCCAGGUCAAUGACCGUUUCCGGAACUGUCACACGCUGUCGUGA